AUGGGUCUACCAGGGUUUCGCAAGCGGCGGGCUGCUGCAACGUCAGAGUCGGGCGCCCAAGAGAAGACUCCCGCAGAUGAUCAACUCCAGCUCAAGCAACGGACAAAGACAAGAAAGGGCGCCAUCAUAACCUCAUCCAUCUGCUAUAUGUUAGCAGUCAUAUUCCUGAUCCUGGUCGAAAUAGGAAGUACCAAGGGAUCCAAGGUGCUGGGCGACAUAUUCUUCUUCAAACUUGACCUGUCGGAUAUCUUGGCAUCAAGUGCUUCAGGACUGAGCGGCUUGACUUUGACAAACUCAAUUGCACGAACGCUUGGUCUGCACGACUUUUACCAAGUAGGACUAUGGAAUUUCUGUGAAGGCUAUGAGGAUGAGGGCAUCACAUCUUGCUCGACACCAACCAGCCUCUACUGGUUCAACCCGGUGGAGAUUCUACAGAGCGAACUGCUAGCGGGAGCGUCUAUUGCGCUGCCUAGUGAGGUCAACACAGUCUUGACCGUCCUGCGCAUUGCCUCGCAGGUCAUGUUUGGCUUCUUCCUCGCAGGACUAUUGCUCGACUUUGUUCUCAUGCUCCUCGCACCCAUUGUCAUUUACUCGAGGUGGUGGAGUUUCCCUUUUGCCAUUUUUGCCUUUAUUGCGGCAUUGAUGGUCAUCGCGGCAGCUGGUGUGGCUACGGGCAUGGCCUUGGUCUUUGAGUACGCUCUGACAUCCCAGACCGAUCUCAACAUCAAGGUCGACAUUGGUACCAAGAUGUGGGCUUUCAUGUGGCUCGGUGCGGGCUUUACAUUCCUCGCCUUCAUCAUCCACGCCGGCUUAGGAUGCUGCUGUACCUCCAGGAGAGACCUCCGUACUGGUCGCAAGGGGGGAAGGAACCUGGCAACGGUUCCGGGCACCGGCUCAAAGAAGUCGACAACAUCUGACUAG